GCCGUUUAAACUCUACAGCUACUCAUUCAUCGUGUCUCUCGUGUGUUGUUUGCUUUCCGGAUUAUUUAAACACACACACACACACACACACACACACACACACACACACACACACACACACACACAGACGAUGUGCCCUGUAAAGUCUCGUCACACCUACAGAUGAGGACGGUCCUUUUUGUUGCUUGGCUGCUGUUUUACGUUUCACUUCUUUUAGUAGCGCGAAGAAUGUGGACUGGAAAGUAUUCACGAAGUUCAGUUGCUCGGACGUUUUUCAUGAACGCGUUAACCGGCUCGGAGUUUAAUGCCCAGGGGAUGCAGGAGUGGUAUCGUUGCUCUCCUGAUCUGUUAGGGGAGAAGAUUCGGCCCUUAUUUGUGCAGAGUCAGUUAGAUGAAGAAACUCAAGCUUUUCUUCAGAGGAGUGAGGAGAAAUCUGGCUGGGUUUUUACUCAAAUCUACCACUCGCUCUUCUCCACCAUUUUCAGCCCCAUCAUCUCACGGACAUCUAUCAAUGGGUUUCUGGGCCGAGGCUCCAUGUUUGUUUUCUCGCAGGAACAAUUUCGCCAACUUCUCCAAAUCCGUCCAGACUGGAUAGGAGAAAAGCUGCUGGAUCUCGGAGCUGGGGAUGGAGGUGUCACUGAAGUGAUGGGCCCUCUUUUUAAAGAGGUUUAUGCCACUGAGGUGUCACUUACAAUGAGGUGGCAGCUUCAAAGAAAGAACUACAGGUUGUUGGAAAUCGAUGAGUGGCAAAAGACAGGUUUCCAGUACGAUGUUAUCAGCUGCCUGAACCUCUUGGACCGGUGUGACGAACCUUUACAGCUGCUCAGGGACAUCAAAAAGUCUCUGGUUCCUGGCACCGGACGGCUGAUCCUUGCAGUUGUUCUACCUUUUCAGCCUUACGUGGAAAUAAGAGGAAGUUGGGUGCGUCCAGCAGAACACAUCCAUGUGAAAGGCACCACUUGGGAGGAGCAAGUUAAAAACCUGUCUGAUGGCAUAUUCCACUCUGUCGGAUUAGAGGUGGAAGCAGUGACACGCCUGCCGUAUUUAUGCGAGGGAGAUAUGCACCAGGAUUUUUACGUAUUAGAUGACGCAGUGUAUGUACUGAAGCCUCAGGACUGAGGUCCCGAUUGAAGCUGGUUGUCGGGACGUUUAUAGAAUAGAAUUAUAUCUGCAUUGAAAUCCUUUACUGUAUAUGCUUAAUUAAGUUUCGAAAUAUUUCUCUAUUGAAGUAAGAGGAUAUUAAAGCCAUAGCGAGGACUUUUCUUUCAAAGUUAUUUUGAUGUUUAGCAUAAAACACUACAGUGGAAGUAUUUUAAAUGAUAUCAUUCAUUUCAUGCGAUGUUAAGAACUGUAUUAGACACUAAAAUGUAUAAAGAUAUCCAGGCCACUGUAGACAGUGGAGACGAGAACUUCCUGCUGUCUGUAAAAACACUGGGCCACAUGGCCUGCUGUGCCUACCUUGCAUACUUACCUGGUGUUUCUGAUGAAGGAUUGGUAAGCUAUGCACAGACCUCAUUUAAACAAUAUUGUAUAACUUAUGCACAGUUUUUAGGAAAAGUUUACACAAUCUUUAGAUUCAUUUCCAGCCAAAUGCUGGACUGGUGCUGUUGAAUUUAAUAAAUGAUGGCUGGUCUGUUCAUAAUUCAUGUAUUGAAAUAUUUUCAAUAAACAAAUACAAUGCAAACCA